UGUGCACUCUGUAGACAUGUCCUAUAAACAGAGCAGGGACGCAGGGACGCUUCUGGCAGAAGACUCGAGCAGCAAAAAGCGAAAGAGAAAAGUGUUUCUGUAACUUUACCUUUUAAUUUAAAAAAAAAAACCUGACGGAAAAUUCAACUUUCAGAAGAAGGUUUCAACUUUCAGAAGAAGGUAAGUGUCCCUGACCCCGGACUCCAUCAUGGCGGCUGCCGGCGGGCCUGUACUCGGUGCCACCAAUCCCACACUGACCCACGAUGACUUCUGCCUCUACGGCUACAUGUCUGAUGAUGAACUGAUGCAGCUGGCCAUCGAGCGCAGUCUCACCGAGACCCAAAACAACUCCACGACGUCUUCAGCCGAAAACACGAAGACCUCCGUUCCUCAGCGCAGGACAGAGAUUCCCCGGCCGAAUCAGCGCCAGACACCGCGGCCCGCUCCCGCCCCCUGUCCUGCAAACCCACCCAGGGAUAAAAAUGACCAGCAGUCUGUAACAGUGAGCCACUUCAUCACCGGGAAUGGGAAGCGAAUGGUGGCGUAUCGGAGAUAUGACGGGACUCUGAUACAAGUCAAACCCGAGGAGGAAGAAGAAGUGGAUCCUGUGCUGAAGGCAAUCAGGGACGGAGAUGUUGGAACUUUGAGAGGACUGAUCAAAAAAGCAGACUGCAACCUUCUGAUGCCAAACGAAUACGGCUGGAUUCCACUUCACGAGGCUGCGCACUACGGCCAAGAGCAGUGUAUUAAAGCGAUCCUGAGAGUCCAACCUGGGAUGAUUAACAAGCGCACGCUGAAGGAUCAGACGGCUCUCCUGCUGGCCGUGUCGAGGGAGAACAAGGAGUGUGUGGCGUGUCUCCUGGAGAAAGGUGCAGAUCCCGACAUCGCCAACAAGGACAAGGAGACGCCUCUGUAUAAAGCGUGUGAGAAGGAAAACCCAGCGAUCGUGGCCAUGCUGCUGAAUCACGGCGCCACGGUGAACAAAAGCUGUAUCCAGGGCUGGACGGCGCUGCACGAGGCCGUGUGCAGGAACAACGUGGAGAUCUGUGAGAUGUUAGUGAAGGCAGGGGCAAAAAUUAGCACGCCCAACGUGUACGGCAUCACCCCCAUCUUCGUGGCGGCUCAGAGUGGGAACGUAGAUACACUUCGGUUCCUCCUGAAAAACGGUGCUGAUAUCAACAGCCAGGCAGCAGAUGGAGCCACGGCGCUUUAUGAAGCCUGUAAGAACGGUCAUGUGGAGAUCGUGGAGUUCCUGCUGUCUCAAAAAGCCGACGCCAACAAACCGGGCAAAACCGGACUGCUGCCGAUUCACAUAGCAGCUCAGAGGGGAAACGAUCGCACCGACCUCUUCACUUACGGGUCAGCACACAAUACUGACAGGGCGCUUCAAAUCGUGUCAAUGCUCAUCCCUGCCACCAGUAAGGCCCGUGUGAGGCGUAGCGGCAUCAGUCCUCUCCAUCUCGCCGCCGAGCGAAACCGAGACGAGAUCCUCGAGCUGCUCAUCGAGUCCGGCUUCGACGUCAACGCCACGCUGUCCGAGGACCGCAGCACCAUGUACGAGGACCGCCGCAGCACCGCCCUCUACUUCUCCGUAAUCAAUAACAACAUCGAAGCCACCAGCAUGCUACUGCAGGCCGGCGCCGACCCCAACCUGGACACGUUCAGUCCUCUGCUCGUAGCCCUGAGGCAGGGCUGCAUAAGGACCGUGACCUUACUGGUGGAAUACGGCGCUAACAUCAACGCCUACAUCCCCACGCACCCCACCACCUUCCCCGCCACCGUCAUGUUCUGCAUGAAAUACCUCACCGUGCUCAAGUACCUGAUGGACAACGGCGGCGACGCGCUGUCGUGUUUCAGCUGCGUGUACGGCAGCGACCCUCACCCGCCUCUGAAAACGAGUCACAGCGACAGAACACGCUACAGAGAUGAUCAACCUAUAUCACACAACACCUGCGUACAGUUCUGUGACAUUGUCUCCACGGACACGUACAGCCCCUGGGCAGGACCCAUCAUAGAUGUGCUGCUGGAUUACGUAGGUGAUGUGAAGCUCUGUUCCCGGCUCGUUGAACACUUGGACAGUUACGCUGACUGGGCCAGCAUCAAGGAGAAAGCAAUGCCUCCGCGGCCGCUCAUGCAGCUCUGCAGGCUGAAGAUCCGGAAGCUGAUUGGAAUCCACAGACUGAACAAAAUCAAAAAGUUGCCACUUCCUGGACGACUGAUCAAAUUCCUGAACCACGAGGAGCGCACACAAGAUUUAUGAGCCUCGUUAGGUGUGACAGAAAACACAGAGAAAGGGAAAGAUUAAAC